CUGCUAGAUGCGCCCUAUACAAUGUUGUCCCGUGCUGCACUGGUUUCCUUCUGGGUAGGACUGGUUUCUGCCAGAGUCAUCUGCCCGGAUGGGCGUGUGUGCCCAGAAAAGAACACUUGCUGUCUGACCGAAGGAGGAUAUGGAUGUUGCAUCUAUCCCUCCGCCGUGUGCUGUUCUGACCAGUUGCACUGUUGUCCAGCUGGCUACCACUGCAGUGAAGCAGCUCAGUCUUGUAUGAAAGAUGGCCUGCCAUGGUUCAGACUGCCGUGGUAUAAAAACACGCCUGCUAAGGAACCAGAGAUGACUCUCUUCAAGCCUGAUUCUGAGACAAACAGCAUUCAGGAGAAGCCUUCAGGCGUGUCUGUGGUGUGGUGUGAUAACUUCUAUUACUGCCUUGAUGGUGCAACAUGCUGCAGAUACGUAUAUGGAUCCUGGUUUUGCUGCAUAUACACAUUAGGUCAGUGCUGUAGGGAUGGCAUUCACUGCUGUCCGUAUGGCACCCACUGUGAUGUCACCUCUACCCACUGUCUGAAGGGGGGUCUAGGCAUAGCUGCCACUCCUCAGCUGCCUGCCCUCAGAUCGGAUAAAGCUCAGCUGGACCCGUGCUGUCUGAGCGAAGCAGGCUGUUGUCAGGUGGGAUUCCACUGUGACAGAGAGCUGAGGGCUUGUGUGAGAGACUUUGCUGCUCCUGUACCCUGGGUCACACUGGAGCUGGCCCCUGGAGAUGGCAGCGUGGCCCUGACCACUCAGGUCAUACGCUGUGACGGACGUUUCUACUGCCCCGACGGCAACUCCUGCUGCAAGUCACCCACUGGAGAAUGGGGUUGCUGCCCGUACCCACUGGGCCAAUGCUGCCUAGAUGGUAAGCACUGCUGUGAGUACAAGUGGAAAUGUGACCCGACCUCCAUGAGCUGUGUGAAGGGAGACACCAACAUCCCUUCAUCUGCCAUGAGGGAGAUACAGCUACUGUGAUGCAGCAACCCUGCUAUGGGUCUCAUAUGCAGAACUUCACAUCAGUGGGAUUCAUCUAUUGGUGCUCAGGAUGUAGCCUACACUUCUCAGUCUUUCAUUGCUGACAUAUCAGUUUCAGCUUCAUUUAAUUGAUCCCCAUAAAUUAAAUGAUAAAUUCAUACAAUCAUGAAAUCAUCAAAACAAAUAUUUCUUCAUUCAUUUUGGAGUGGUAUCUACACUUGGAAAUAAAUUAAAAGUUACAUUAAACCUG